GGCUGCAGAUUAUUGGCCGAAUUUCAAUUGACUUAAAUAAAAAAAAUGUCCGAAAAUAUAGAAAUUAGGACGAUUAUUGGGAAUAGGAAUAUAAACUCUGUAUCCGAUAGUCCUAUUACGGAUCCUGCUGCAGGUGCCAAGGGAUUGGAGGGAAGUAAUGCCUUCGUCUGCCAAAGAUCUAAGUUGGAGAAUAAAGCAGGUGCCCUGAAAAAGUCCAGCCGCUAUCGAAGCAGAUCACUUUCGGCUUCUUCCACAGAUUCAUACAGCUCAGCGUCUUGUACUGGCAGCAGCUCCGAUGACGACGACGUAUCUCCACGUGAAAAGGUGCAGAAGAAUUCCGCGGGCAGUUCAGAUUUUUGCGUGAGGAAUAUUAGCCAACACGCAUUUGGAAGGCGUGAGAUAGAAAUUGCCGAACAAGAAAUGCCGGGAAUAAUGGCGCUAAGAAAACGAGCAGCGGAUGACAAGCCCUUAAAAAACGCAAAAAUCGUCGGCUGCACUCAUAUAAAUGCUCAAACGGCAGUAUUAAUUGAAACUUUAGCAGCUUUAGGUGCCAGUCUUCGAUGGGCUGCUUGCAACAUAUAUUCUACUCAGAACGAAGUUGCGGCAGCUUUGGCCGAGGCAGGUUUUUCCGUAUUUGCUUGGCGCGGCGAAACAGAGGAAGAUUUUUGGUGGUGCAUAGAUAAAUGCGUCAGCGCAGAAAAUUGGCAGCCGAACAUGAUCUUGGACGACGGAGGAGAUGCGACUCAUCUUAUGCUGAAAAAGUAUCCCGCUAUGUUUAAAAUGAUUAAAGGCAUUGUGGAAGAAAGUGUAACCGGUGUUCAUCGUUUAUACCAACUCUCCAAAGGUGGAAAGUUAACCGUUCCCGCGAUGAAUGUUAACGAUUCGGUAACCAAGACCAAAUAUGAUAAUCUUUAUAGUUGCCGAGAGUCAAUUAUAGAUAGCUUGAAAAGAUCUACGGACGUUAUGUUCGGUGGGAAACAGGUGGUCAUCUGUGGGUACGGCGAGGUCGGGAAAGGUUGUUCUCAAGCUUUGAAAGGAUUCGGUUGCGUUGUUUAUAUCACUGAAAUUGACCCUAUCUGCGCUUUACAGGCAAGCAUGGAUGGAUUUCGCGUGGUCAAAUUAAACGAAGUGAUACGUAAUGUCGACAUAGUCAUCACCGCUACCGGCAAUAAAAACGUUGUUAUGAGAGAACAUAUGGAUAAAAUGAAAAACGGAUGUAUUGUGUGCAACAUGGGUCAUUCGAAUACCGAGAUAGACAUUAAUAGUUUGCGAACCCCCGAUCUGACAUGGGAAAAAGUUAGAUCCCAGGUGGACCAUGUUAUUUGGCCCGACGGCAAGCGGAUCAUUCUGUUAGCUGAGGGAAGACUAGUUAAUUUAAGCUGUUCAAGCUUGCCAUCGUUUGUGGUAUCCAUUACCUCGGCAACGCAGGCGUUAGCAUUAAUAGAACUUUUCAAUGCUCCACCUGGGAGAUACAAAUCAGAUGUCUAUCUUUUGCCUAAAAAGAUGGACGAGUACGUUGCCAGUUUGCAUCUGCCUACAUUCGAUGCCCAUUUGACAGAGUUAACAGAUGAACAGGCUAAGUAUAUGGGCUUGAACAAAGCCGGUCCUUUUAAACCAAAUUACUACAGGUACUGAACAGUUUCCCCUGUGGAUUUUUGAAGGGAAAUCCAUCUGAAGAUGAGUUUCUUUUACUUUUUGAAGCAUUCUCUCUCUUUCUCUCUCUAUAAUCUCGUUAAAUAAUAGUUAUUCUCGCUUGUAGAUUUUUUUCUCCUUUAUUGCCAGCUCGAUGGCAACGAAAAGUAAAAGAAUCGUGUCUGCCGUUACGAGUUGUUGAAUUAGUAUUACAAAAAUGUAUUAUUUUUUGACUGAUAAUUGAACGCGUGGCCGUCGUUACUAAAGGUUAGUUUAUUAUUAUUAUAUUUUAUUGAAACUAAAUAUAGAUAGAAACGUGGCAAAGGACAUCUUGAGUCUGGGUCUACAAA